AUGGCACCUAUCUUUCAACGUCGAGGGCUUUCUUCUUCCAAGUUUCCUCAACUCAUACCUGGAGAAUCUUAUGAAACAAAAAAGAUUCAACUUGUGCACAACCCUCAGCCAUCUCCCACCGUCACAGCCACAGAAUUCACACAAUCAAUUGAGGAGUGGAUUGACACCGUUGAGAAAGAGACGGGACCUGACGCUGUACGUAUCCAUAUUCCAGGGAUAUACGAUAACGAGGUAUUGUCCGCUAAGUCGUCACCAAACACAGAUGAUAUGGUUAUCGAGGAGAUUGUUGAUAGCUAUCUUGAUGGUUCUAAUUCUGAUUCCUGUUAUAGUGAAGCAGCGUCUGAUGCUGUGACGCGUGUUAUAGCCCAUGAAAGUGGUGCUGACGUCAAGGCUCAGGGCUUCGUCGAGGCCCUGGAGAAGACGCUCGGUAAGAAUCCAAUUUCUCCCUCUGAAGGAACUGGCCCUGAGGAAGUAUAUCUUUUGUCUCCUGGAAAUGUAGAAUGUCACGACCACCUCAGAUUCAAGAACGACAUCUAUGGGCAGCACCCAUGGACAGACCUCGAAAUUGUCAAGAAGUGUCGCAAGUUCUCCGAUCUAGGCGGAGCGCAACACUUCCCACGAGAUAAUUGUCAAUGUCGCAAUUGUGACUUUUUUCGCUCAGAGGUAGAAGUUCGACGUAUCAUGACCGCUUUCCCGCGUGAUCUAGUCCCCUCCCAUCUCAAGUAUCGCUUUGAUCAAUAUCACGAGCGCCAAGAAUAGCAGCCAGAAUCCUCGUUGCAGAGCCCUAGCUACUUUGGACGUGAUACUCAGUUCGAGCGUUACUAUAUCCAUUUUGGUACAAUUUUCAGACAACGAGAACAAUGCCUGAAGGAUGAUUUUGCAGUCUUCUAUGCUCUUUCCAACUGGUUUGCGACCAAUAAAGGUAUCUUGAUACCUGAUCUGAUUGAUUCUCUCUACGUAGAUGGCGAAAGCACAGAGGACAAUGACGCCAGUUUUGAGCAUCCGUCUAAGCAAGUCAACUAUAUUCCGAAAUUGGGACUGGCUCCUCCUUCAUUUGAAGACUUGGAGGUCCAGACCAAGCAGGUUUUAAAUGAGAAGAAGGUGCUGGAGCAGCUAUACGAUCUUUGCUCUCCGGGGGCUUUAAACAAGCCUCUGACUUGCGACGACGCUGAAGACUUGCUUGAUCUGGUGGAUUCGAUGGACAUCGAUUCUGCAUGA